UCCCAACUGAUCUUAUUUGUAUUGUUAUAUUUUAACCAGUUUAACCAUUCCAUGACAAUUAUUAAUCAAAUUUAUUCUUUAUUUAAUGUUGUAAGUCAAUCAACACUGAUUUUGUGAUUCCCUGAUUUCCAGAUAAUUUAUUAACUCGAGUGCUUCAGCUGAUGGUAAAAUGAACCAGCAAAGAGUUAAUCUUUCUCUGGUUCUCUAUGAGGCUCCUUUUGCUCAAGAUAUUUGCUUCAACAAUCAAUUUUUCCUGUCAGUUGUGCCAAUCAAUUUCCCUUGGUUUAACCAUUUUCUCAAUAAUUUAUUAUCAUAUAUUAGUGAUUGUUUUCAACCUAAAUUGUAGUACAGAAAUGAUAAUUACGAUGGGGCCUUUACUUUGUACUUGAACGUCUACAUCAUCAUUUUUUGGCUUACGCUAGAUCAACAUGGAUCCUGUUGAUUGUUGUUGAUGUUUAUUUGUUUGCUGUUGAAAUUAUGGUCGUAAUAAGUGAUGUUGUUGAUGAAAAAUAAUGAAAGUUAAUGGUUGCCUGAAAAACAACAAGAUGAAAAUUAUGAUAUACUUGGAAACGGAAGGUUUGGUUUAUUCGAGUUUCCUUGAGGAAUCGCCCUAAAUUUGGUUUUUUAUAAUGCGAUUCAGAGAUGAGCUGAGAUGAUAAUGAUGAGGAUGAUGGUGAUGAGAAGGAAAGUGAAUAAAAGACAAAAAAAAGAGUUUCUGUCAGAUUCGUUUAUCGUACUUUUUGUAUACUCUCUGAAUAGAUUCACAUGGUUGGAGUAACCCAAAAUUAACUUAACACCGUUUAUUUGCGCAUUUUUUCACCUCCUUAUGUCUAAAGAUACUCCGUUGAUGAUGAAGAUGAUCAUCUUCAUUAUCAUCAUUAUCCACCCAUUCAUCCUUUCAAGACUUACAUAAAUCCGUAUCAAUUUGGGUUGCGACUGCGUUUCAAAUAAAAAUACGCUUAUUUCGGUCAAGUCACAGCAUUUCUAUUUUUUCAGCUUUUCACAUUUUGUUUUUCACUUUUCACUUGAUCCUUCGCAAUUCAAUGAUACACUAAUUCAGGAUAAUUUACUCGACUGUUUACUUCAAAUAUCAACUUGAAUCACGUCAAACGGUUAAAAUUAACCAGACUUGGACACUUGUAAACACAACCAAUUUUUUUACCUUGUUUACCUCGUAUUUAUUCAUGUUACUCCAUUUUACAUUGGAUUAAUAUUUUAAUUUGUGUUCUAAUCAUUUGAUUAACUGAUUUAUUGAUUUUUAAUUCAACUCUUGUAUAAUUUGAUUUUCCCUCCAUCGUUAAAAUUUGUUUUCAUUUUGAUCGUCCAAUCAAAAAUCAAACAUGGCUAAAGAGUUGCUGGUAGAAGGAUCCAUUUUUGGUAUUGGAAACCCUUUAUUGGAUAUUUCUGCCAAUGUCAACGAUGAAUUUUUAGCAAAAUGGAAACUGCCCAAAAAUGGUGCCAUUGUUGCUGAUAAGACUCAUGAAAAUUUGUAUGAAGAUUUAAUCAACUCAUUUGAAAUUGACUACUCGGCUGGUGGUGCCUGUCAAAAUACCUUGCGUUUUGUUCAAUGGAUUAUCGGAAAAAAUACUUCGGUUACCACUUUUGUUGGUUCCAUUGGAAACGAUUAUUUUGGACGAAUGAUGGAAAAGAAAGCCAAAUCUGAAGGAGUCAAGGUUCUUUAUCAUGUAGAUAAGACAACCGCUACUGGAACAUGUGCUGUCCUCAUUACUGACCAUGGAAAGAACAGAUCAUUAUGUGCUUAUUUGGGUGCCGCUGACAAACUGAAUAAAGAGGCUAUUGUCCGAAAUUGGCAUUGGGUGGACAAGGCUCGAGUAUAUUAUACAACGGGUCACAUUUUAUCUGUUACACCUGAUUCGGUUGUCGCCAUUGCCCAUCAAACAAAUGUGGACAAAUUUACUGAUAAAAAGUUCAUGUUCAAUUUGGCUGCCACAUAUGUCAGUGAAAAACAUGGUAAAGAGCUGCAAGCCAUAUUACCUUACAUUGACUACAUGUUUGGUAAUGAAGAGGAAACUUUAGCUUUUGCUAAAUUCAAACAAUAUGGAACAACGGAUAUGAAGGAGAUAGUUAAAAAGAUUGCAAAUGAACCGAAAACAAGUAAAGGUCCACGAAUUGCUGUUGCUACCCAAGGUCCAAAAGCUGUUUUAGUGGCUACUACUGGAUCAGACAAAGUUGCUGAGUAUCCUGUUCCUCAAUUAGAGGAAGAGAAAAUAAUUGACACUAAUGGAGCUGGCGAUGCUUUUACUGGAGGAUUUCUGGCUAUGUUCAUCCAAGAAAAACCUUUGGAUGUUUGCAUUAAAUGUGGUAUCUACUGUGCGACUGAAUGUAUUCAACGAAUCGGCUGUACUUGUCCUAAGGAAUUCAAGUUUACUCCUUAAAUUAAAUACCAUCAUUGUUAUUGUUAUUUAAAGUCUUUCCUUUCAGUCUUUUAUCCCAACCCUUAAUAUCCAGAUUUUCCAAUGAAUAUUCCUUUCUUUCUCUCUUCGUCUCUUUGCAUCCAAAUCCCUACUCUGAUACAAUUUCAUUUCAUCAUUUCAAUAAUUUCACCUGUAUUAUCUUAAUAUUAAACCUUGCAAUCUAAAAAUAUGAUAAAUGUAAUUUGACAAUCCGUUUGUCCAAAAAAACAACUCAACCUUUUACUAAA